GCUUCCAGCUCCCCAGACAGGCCGAAAGCUGUCUGUCGUAGGAGGGGUGUACAGAUGAGCACCAGUUGCCCAGGGGAGCUCUCAGGGUCGAAUAGGAUAAAAUGAGAAACCGAUGGACGGGUUGGGCGGAGGCGGGCGGGUAGGAGGGCGGGGACAAGGAUUGGGAUUCUACUACCGUCGUUUCUCAUCUCUUACCCAUUGACAGGGCCAUGCCGCUCCCUGACCUGAGACCCUGGACCUAUCUGCUGCUGGUGGACGCGGCUUUACUGUGGCUGCUGCAAGGCCCUCUGGGGACUUUGCUUCCUCAAGGGCUGCCAGGACUAUGGCUGGAGGGGACCCUGCGGCUGGGAGGGCUGUGGGGGCUGCUAAAACUAACAGGGCUACUGGGAUUUGUGGGGACCCUUCUGCCCCCACUCUGCCUGGCCACUCCCCUGACUGUCUCCCUGAGAGCCCUGGUCGCGGGGGCCUCACAUGCUCCCCCAGCCAGAGUCGCUUCAGCCGCUUGGAGCUGGCUGCUGGCGGGGUAUGGGGCCGCGGGGCUCAGCUGGUCACUGUGGGCUGUGCUGAGCCCUCCUGGAGCCCAGGAGGAGGAGGCCCAGGCCAACAACAAAGUCUUGAUGUGGAGGCUGCUGAAGCUCUCCAGGCCGGACCUGCCUUUCGUCAUUGCCGCUAUCUUCUUCCUUGUCCUUGCUGUCUUGGGUGAGACAUUAAUCCCUCACUAUACUGGUCGUGUGAUUGACAUCCUGGGAGGUGAUUUUGACCCCCAUGCCUUUGCCAGUGCCAUCUUCCUCAUGUGCCUCUUCUCCUUUGGCAGCUCACUGUCUGCAGGCUGCAGAGGAGGCUUCUUCACCUACACCAUGUCUAGAAUCAACUUGCGGAUCCGGGAGCAGCUUUUCUCCUCCCUACUGCGCCAGGACCUUGGUUUCUUUCAGGAGACUAAGACAGGGGAGCUGAACUCACGGCUGAGCUCGGAUACCACCCUGAUGAGUGACUGGCUUCCUUUAAAUGCCAAUGUGCUCUUGCGAAGCUUGGUGAAAGUGGUGGGGCUGUACGGUUUCAUGCUCAGCAUAUCGCCUCGACUCACCUUCCUUUCUCUGCUGGACAUGCCUUUCACAAUAGCAGCUGAAAAGGUGUACAACGCCCGCCGUCAGGCAGUGCUUCGGGAGAUCCAGGAUGCAGUGGCCAGGGCGGGGCAGAUGGUGCGGGAGGCUGUUGGAGGGCUGCAGACUGUUCGCAGUUUUGGGGCCGAGGAGCACGAGGUCUGUCGCUAUAAAGAGGCCCUUGAACAAUGCCGGCAGCUGUGCUGGCGGAGAGACCAGGAAUGCGCCUUGUACCUGCUCUUAAGGAGGGUGCUGCACUUGGGGGUGCAGGUGCUGAUGCUGAGCUGUGGGCUGCAGCAGAUGCUGGCUGGGGAGCUCACCCAGGGCAGCCUGCUUUCCUUUAUGAUCUACCAGGAGAGCGUGCGGAGCUAUGUGCAGACCCUGGUGUACAUUUAUGGGGAUAUGCUCAGCAAUGUGGGUGCUGCGGAGAAGGUUUUCUCCUACCUGGACCGACAGCCAAAUCUGCCCUCACCUGGCACACUGGCCCCCACCACUCUGCAGGGGGUUGUGGAGUUCCAAGACGUCUCCUUUGCAUAUCCCAAUUGCCCCGACAGGCCUGUGCUCAAGGGGCUGACAUUCACCCUACGUCCUGGCGAGGUGACAGCACUGGUGGGACCCAAUGGGUCUGGGAAGAGCACAGUGGCUGCCCUACUGCAGAAUCUGUACCAGCCCACAGGGGGACAGGUGCUGCUAGAUGGAAAGCCCAUCUCGCAAUAUGAACACCGCUACCUGCACAGCCAGGUGGUUUCAGUUGGGCAGGAGCCUGUGCUGUUCUCCGGUUCUGUGAAGAGCAACAUUACUUAUGGGCUGCAGAGCUGCGAAGAUGAUAAGGUGAUGGCGGCUGCCCAGGCUGCCCACGCAGAUGACUUCAUACAGGAAAUGAAGCAUGGAAUAUGCACAGAUGUAGGGGAGAAGGGGAACCAGCUAGCUGUGGGACAGAAACAACGUCUGGCCAUUGCCCGGGCCCUCGUGCGAGACCCACGGGUCCUCAUCCUGGAUGAGGCCACCAGUGCCCUGGAUGUGCAGUGCGAGCAGGCGAAUGGAUUCUAGGUGGCUCCCCUGGGUGGUGGCUCUGCUAGUGAAUCUGACCAGACUGGAUUCCUCCGUGACUCAAGGCACAGACUCUCCAGCGAUGUGGGGAUGUUUGUGGCAUUGACGAAGCUGGGGAAGCCAGAUGCUGAGCAGUGGAACAGCCGGAUGGAUCUCUUGGAGAGGAGCAGGGAGGCAGUGGAUACGGUCUGUAGACACAAUUACAGGCUGGGUGCACCCUUCACUGUGGGAAGAAAAGUGCAACCAGAGGUAACGGUGUACCCAGAGAGGACCCCACUCCUGCACCAGCAUAAUCUGCUGCUCUGCUCUGUGACGGGCUUCUAUCCAGGGGACAUCAAGAUUAGCUGGUUCCUGAAUGGGCAGGAGGAGAGAGCUGGGGUCCUGUCCACUGGCCUUAUCGGGAAUGGAGACUGGACCUUUCAGACUGUGGUGAUGCUGGAAAUGACUCCUGAACUUGGAGAUGUCUACACCUGCCUUGUUGAUCACUCCAGCCUGCUGAGCCCUGUUUCUGUGGAGUGGAGAGCUCAGUCUGGAUAUUCUUGGAGAAAGAUGCUGAGUGGCAUUGCAGCCUUCCUACUUGGGCUAAUCUUCCUUCUGGUGGGGAUCGCCAUCCAGCUCAGGGCUCAGAAAGGUAACGAGCCUGUGAGGAGAGCCCUGCCACCUGCCCAAGGGCUUCCCUGCUCCCGUCUUCCCUAACGUCAAAGAUCUGAGGACAUGUGGGGACGCAGAUGUCUGGUGAUGAGGUCUCAAGAGCGGUUCUGCUCCCUCAGCCAUGCUAAAGUCCUCACGGAAGCUUCUCUCCCUGGAGCAUAAAGUAGUGAUGGGUAGUCUGGGCCCUGGGUGAGGUAAAGGACGUUCCUGAGGCCAGUGUUCUGGGAAUAACUCUCUUCCUUGAUCCUUGGAGGAGUCCAAUGUGAUUCUGGAACUCUGUGCUCUGAGAUUAUGCAUCUCCCACCCAUCUGCCCUUCUCCCUCCUACAUGUGUACAUCUUUAAUCCCCAUUGCCAAGGACUCUGUCCAGAAACUCCCCUAAGACCUUACUUCUUCCAGCCCCAAAUCAUUUACUUUUCUGUGAUCCAGCCCUGCCCCUAUAAGCCAUGAUGUCCAAAGCUUUCCGUCUUCCAGCUGCAGUCUCCACAGUCUUCAGAAGACAAAGGCUCAGGUAGUCACUGUUUCCAAAAACCUCUUUGUUGUAGAAUAAAACGGAGAUACAGAGAACCACGCAAAAUGUAUAAUUUAGUGAAUUAUUUAAGGAAAACUCCCUGUAAUCAAGUCAAGAAACAGGACUUUGCCAGCUCCAGCAGAAGUCUCUGUGUACCUCAGGCCAAUCAAAACCUCACCCUCCCCUCAAAAGUGUUCGUAUCCUGACUUUCUGGUAAUCUCUUUCCUGCCUUUUUGUGUAGUCUGUUCCCCCAGGUAUGUGUUCCUGGACGCUACCGCUUAGUUGCCUUUUACGUCUCUUAUACUUCACUGGUUUCUCUCUCAUCUGCCUUUGUGUCCUCUUAUGAUUAAUCUGCUGAAAAGCUCAAGCCAUUUGACCGGUAGCAUUUCCCACACUCUGGAUUUUGCUGGCUGCAUACACAUGGUACAGUGUAACAUGUCCUCUGCCCUCUGCCCUCUGUAUCUCCUGCAAAUUGGCAUCUGAACGCAGAGGCUGGAUCAGACUCUGGUUUGAUCUUUUCCUUUGGAAAGUCUAUACGUGGUACUGUGGUCUUUCACCACGAGAUGAAAUUUCCAGCUGUUUCUCUUUUUGUGAUGUUCGCAAUCAUUGAUAUCAAUUGCCUAGGUCGUUAAUUUGUUGGGGGUUGUUAAAUGGUGAUAUUCUGUCAUUUUUUCUUCAUUUAUAUGCUUCAUUAAUGCUAUAAAGAGACACUUCCUUUCCUUUGCUAGUGAAGAGACAUUUCCCUUCACUUACUAGUCAGUGGAAAGGCAGAAUCAAUGAUUGACUCUCCUUUUAUUUACCAAUUUUCAAGCUAAUAAGUUGGUUUCCUAAUACUAAUAAAAUCUACAGAUGCCAAUCAGGCUUUACUUUUCAUUUUUUAAGUAAGUAUAAACAGAAGGAUUUAAAUGUUUGAUAGAUUUUACUCUAUUGCAAUUUUUAUGCUUGUUGAAGCUUACAUGCUUUAUUUUUGGUGAGUGAAAACUUUCUUCAAGUGGCUAAAAAUGAAACUGAGUUCCUUUGACACAAAGUUCUUUUGAUAAUUUCUUUGUUAUCUGGGAUGAAAAGAUGUUUCUGGUUCAUUCUCUUCAUUUCUUGCCCAGACCAGGAGGUAGCCAUUUUUUUCAGAAAUCUCUGGUUUAUUUUAGUGGGAAAUGACAUUUAAGACUAUAAUCCAGAGUUAGGGAGCUUCAUCCUACUGAACCCACUGCUUGAGUCACCUCAGAAGUGGCGGCAAGGGAGUUUCCACAAGGAAGUGCUUCAAACCAUCCUGAGGUGGUGUGGGUCAGGAUUCAAAGAAAGAAGCAUGAAAUGCCAGGGUGAUCAGUCCAAAGCAUUUAUUUGGGGAAUUUACCUACGGAGGGCUUCAGGAGUCUUAACAGACAGCAAGAGAAAAGGGAUGUUCUGCCUGGGUAUUUCUGCAUUGAGGGAGUCAGGGUAUGGAGUUUAUAUGAGGGUUUAAAGAAUUUGGCUCAGGGCUGGGACACAGUUUCAGCGUUCAGGGCAACAAGCUAGAUACCUAGUGCCUGGGAGUGUUCAAGGCCUUGGCUUGGGUUCAGGCCUGCUGGGGAAAACCUGCAGUUGGCUGGGUCACAGAGGCAUUCUGUGAUUUUUCAGUCAGGACAUGGAAAGAAAGCAGGGAGAGGGGUUGUGGAGGAGCCUAAACAGAUAGGAGUGGUCAUUGUGUCCAGCCUGUUCAAUGGAAAUAUAACAUUUAUAUAUGUAUACAUUUAAAAAAUCAGUCUUUUCUAUAUUACGUCUGCAUCUCCUUUCUUUUACACCAAGAACUCUGUUUUUUAAGGAUGCAGAGACAGACACUAUUAGAAAGUCCAUACUUAUUUGCUUUUCCUGAAUGAACAUAGACAGCAGUCUAAGGAUAAUAACCUUCAUACUACAACCACAAAAUGACUACUAAAAACGGUUGACAUUCUUUUUAGCUACAUUCUCCAUUCUUACCUAUGUUCUCCCCACCUUUCUAGUUGAACUAUGUCUAUGUUAAUUGAUCUUGUGCCAUUACAGAGAUUACUUGCUCCCUUAUGAGUCCUAGUUCUGUGAGUUGAGCUAUGUUUAAGGCUCACCAUCAUUCCCUAUGCUGAUGUCCCUGUCAUGUGGCAUUUUUCAGGUGUGAUCCUUGGAUCCAUGGGGGUCCCUGGGACCUUUCAAGGGGCCUAUGAAGUCAAGCAUUUUUGUAGCAAUGCUAAGAUGUUAUUUGCCUUUUUCACUGUAUUAUUUGCAUAGUGGUGCAGAAAUCUAUGGUAGGUGAGACUGUUAGUGCCUCAGCACAAAUCAAGGCGGUGACACCAAGUCGUGUAGGUAGUCAUGUUCUCCACUGCCCUAAGCUUACAGUAAAGAAAAGAAAGAAAGAAAGAACCAGUGACUUUGAUGAAGCAAUAAAAUCAUUAGUUUACUAAAUUUUAAACCUCAAGCACACAUCUGUUUAAUAUUCAGUGUAAGAAAAUAGGCAGCAUUUCUGGUGCAUACUGAUGGAAAGGCAGUUGUUCUGUGGAAAAGCCAUUGUAUAAUUGCAUGAGUUGUGAGUGAAGCUAGACGUUCCUUUUUUUUUUUUUUUUUUUUAUUUAAUGGGCGGAUCAUCAUUUUCCUUGAAAGAAUGACUGAAAGUCACAAUGUGAUUAUUCAGACUUGGGUAUUUGGUAGAAAUUUUCUCAAAAAUGAACAAAAUGAGCUUAUCCUAUCAAAGAAAAUAAUAUUGACAGUGGAAAUUGGAAUUUCAAGAGAAAAUUAAAAUUUUGGAAAACUUAUGUGUGCCGCAGCUUCUCACUACUUCAAGAUUUUCCUGAUGAGAUGGGUGGUGAUAUUAACAAAUAUGGUUUUAAAAACAUUGUUUCAUAAAAUAUGUCAGUACUUUAAAGAUCUGCAUAACCCCAUGAACAGUAAUUUACAAAUAAUCAAUGCAUGAUAUUGCAAAGCCAUGUAUAGAUGAAAAGAUACAUUUAAAGAUAAACUAGUGAAUUUUAACAUAACAGAAUAUGAAAAGUUAAUUGAUAAGGUUUCAGAUUCUACACCGCAACUAACCUGUAGGAAUCUGCUGUUUGUUGAGUUUUGGUGUCUUAUCAAGGAAGAAUAGUUACAAUAGCUGAAAAGGCUAUUGAAAUUUUCCUCCUUUUCCCACUGUGUAUCUGAGUGAGAUGAGAUUUUCUCUCUGUACCUCAGCCAAAACAACAUACUGUUACAGAUUGAAUGUAGAAGAAUAUAUAACCAAGCUAGUUUUAUUAAGCCAGACAUUAAAGAGAUUUUUACAAAUGUUAAAUAAUUCCUUCUUUUUCACUAUUUAUCUGUGCUUGAAAAGACAGCUAUUUUCCAUAAAAAUAUGUUAUUAUGG